AUGUACACCGUCCGCCUCGCCGCCAUGUUAAUGCAAAGCGGAGCUAAGAUCAGCGACGACAACAUGCAGCACCUGCGCGAGAUUGUUCCGCAGAUACAUUCCAGCCCGGGGUAUGCAUCCCCUCUCAACGAUGAUGGCUUUCGCGAUCCUGGAAAAGUCCAGUUCCUCGCGGCUUUGGAGCACUAUAAGCCAGGCACGCCACCGCCUAGCUGCUACAAGUGUGGCAAGAUCCAGGCCGACAUAGGUAAGAAGCUUUCCGUCUGCUCCAGAUGCAAGGUGGCUUCGUACUGCGACCAUGACUGCCAGAAGGCUCAUUGGAGCGCUCACAAGCCUUCAUGCUUCUACCACCGAAACCCUCCUAUGAUGCUCAACGUCUAG